GUGAUGCAGUCUAAUUCGAAUAUAAAUGCAUACAUCAGAAUAAAACCUUCAAAUAAAAAAGAAAAGCUCUCAGAUUUAUUAAGCUGGACUAAAGAGACUGUAAUUUUAAGCAACAAAAUAACAGCAGAAAAAUCGUUUCAAUUCAAUCAGGUCUUUGACCCAUCGACAUCUCAAGAGGAAAUUUUUGCUCGAAUUGUGUUACCUGCAAUUGACUCUUGCUUAGAAGGAUAUAACUGGUUCAAGGGGUUUGUGGUAAAGAUAUCGUUCAUUGAAUUGUUUAACGAAGAAUUGGUUGAUUUAUUGUCGAAUGAGUCAAACAAAUUAUAUAUCUACGACGAUACUAUUAACAAAGGGGCAGUUAUCGUAAAAGGAGUUAAAGAAAUUGAAAUUUCUAGUCUUGAUGAAUUUCGGUGCCUUUUUAAACUAGGAGUCUCCAAACGGACAACAUGUUCAACCGCAUUGAAUGAGAGAUCAAGGUUUUUUGACAUGAUGUUAUAAUACAGUCGGUCUCAUUCCAUUUUCACUAUCAAAGUGUACAAUCGGACUGGAAGGUCUAAGGAAAUAUUGA